AUGACCUCCGACAACGCCAAUCCUCCCGAAAAAAUCACCCUAACAACAACCGAAACAACCCAAGACCCCAAAUCUAUCCCCCUCCCACCUCACGACAACGCCGUCCAUCCUCUCAAACCAAAGCAAGCACCCCAACCAAACCCCUCGACCCCUCUCUACUUCGCCUACGGCUCAAACCUCUCGCCCACGCAGAUGCGCUCCCGCUGCGCCUUCCACCCCAGCCUCUCCGCGAAACCAGUCGCUCUCGCCAGACUCGAUUGCUGGAGAUGGUUUAUUUGUAACCGUGGAUAUGCGAAUGUGCUUCCGCCGGAGGAGUUGAGGAUUGUGCAUGGGGGCGAACGUGGUUCUGUCGGUGAUGGGAGCGAUGUUCCAAAGUCUGGGGAGGAGGAUACGGUGUAUGGGGUUCUGUAUGAGAUGGCGCGGGAUGAUGAGGGGUUGCUUGAUGGAUAUGAGGGGGUUGACUGGGAGAGUGAACCUGCGGGCAAGGAUGGAAAGGUUCCUGUGAGUGUGCGGCCGAGGGAGCAGGGAGUUGGGGAGUAUAAUAAGUGGUAUUUGGGGGCUCGGGUGACGGAGUGGUUGGAUGAGGAGCAGAAGAGGUUGAGGAGUGGGAAGGAGGAGCAGGUUGUGUUGGUUUAUGUUGAUGAGAAGAGUCUGAGGGUUGGGCCGUCGAAGAAGGAGUAUGUUUUUCGGAUGGAUCGGGCCAUUCGCGAGGCGCAGGAGUUGGGGUUUCCGAAGAAGUGGGCGGAUGAUGUUAUGAGGAAGUUUUUUUAG